AUUAUUUUUAAAUCAUAAUUAAGUUCGAGUAACGAUAGCCGUAAAAUAUGUUUGUGAACAUUGUAUUCGGCUUCCUAGCGGUGCUUGUGGCGUUAUUCUAUUACUACUCAACGAGAAAUUUCAAUUACUGGAAGAACAGAAACGUACCUUAUCUCAAGCCGACGCUUUUAUUCGGCAACUAUGGCGACCUAUUCCUUUUCAGAAAAAAUAUGAGUGAGGUAGGUCAAAACAUCUGCAAACAAUUCCCAAAGGAACCCUACAUUGGAGCGUUCUUUGGCACGGAACCCACGCUCAUCGUCCAAGACCCCGAGUUCAUUAAACUCAUCACAACAAAAGACUUCUACUACUUCAACAGCAGAGAACUAUCAGAUUUUGUUCACAAGGAAACCUUCACUAAAAAUAUUUUCAAUAACUACGGAGACGACUGGAAAGUAGUGCGUCAAAAUCUUACUCCAAUAUUCUCAUCAGCAAAAAUGAAGAUGAUGUUCCCGCUCAUCGAAACAUGCUCCCACACUUUUGAACAGCUGCUCGACGUGGAGACCAGCAUGUCUGACGUCAUCGAAAUAAGGGCGCUCAUGGCCAGGUACACCAUGGCUGGCAUCACCUCUUGCGCAUUUGGUGUCGACUCUCACACCAUGAAAGGUGACUAUAAAACUAACCCUUUCACACAGGCAGGGAAGACGAUAUUAGACGUUGGAUCCAAAAGAGUAUUUUACAGGAAUCUCGUAAGAGCUAUUUGGCCAACGAUUUUCUACGGGUGUGGACGGACGUUCAUGCCACCCGUUAUGGAAGUGUUUUUCCGCCGAUUUAUGGUGUCAGUCUUCGAAGCACGAAAGUAUAAGCCGACCAACAGAAAUGAUUUUGUCGACUUCAUAUUGAAUUUUAAACAGAAGAACUGUAUUGUUGGCGACAGCAUCGCUAAUUUAAAAACUGGCGCAGACAUUAAGAAAGUAUCAGUGCCAGUGACUGAUGACUUUUUGGUGGCAAACUGUUUGAUAUUCUUCCUGGCUGGAUAUGAGACGUCUGCUUCUACUCUGACCUAUACCAUGUAUGAACUUGCGAAGAGUCCAGAGAAUCUGAAGCGAGUGCAGAAGGAAAUAGAUGAGUAUUUAGUAAAAAACGGUAACAAGUUGGAGUACAACUGCGUGACUGAACUGCCGUUCACACAUGCGUGUUUUGAUGAAGCCCUGCGUUUAUACCCAGUGCUUGGGUUGAUAACGAGGGAGGUUGUGGAGGACUACACUCUCCCGACUGGUGUUCACCUCGACAAAGGAGUUCGCGUGCACUUGCCGGUCUACCACCUGCAUCACAACCCUGAGUUCUUCCCGGAGCCUGAGGUGUACCGUCCUGAGCGUUUUCUGGGAGAAGAGAAAAACAAAAUACUUCCUCACACUUACAUACCCUUUGGCGAUGGUCCACGUACUUGCAUAGGCAUGAGGUUCGCAAAAAUGCAAAUGUUCGCUGGUCUGGUGACUGUUCUGAAGAAGUACAACUUGGAGCUGACUCCAGAAACGGCAAGGAAGCUGGAGUUCGUGCCGACCUCCUUCAUCACUCAGCCCACCAAGCCUUUGAAGAUCAAGUUUAGCAUUCGGGAGGGAUGGGAGAGCCGCACUUUUGUUAAAACACAAUAGGUAAUUCGGUUUCUUAGUGGUUUAAGUAUAGGACUUUUAUUGUUCUUGGGUAAGAUCUCUGCACAAAAUUAUAAGAACUAGGUAACUGAAAGAAUUUCAUAUUGAAACAAUCAACUGCUACUAAAGUCACUAUUGUUACAGAGCGUUCUACAUACUUGCUUACCUGUUAGAGUCUUAAAAAGAUUAUGCGCUCUUGAUAAUUUUCACAAGGAUUUUAUAAUGUAUCUUUUUUUUUAAGGCAUUUAGUAAAGAUAUAUAAAGAUAUCUUUCAUCAUUGCAUUGAAAAUUUAAAUCAUAUCUUUUAGUAUCUAUACCUACCUACUUACUUCUAAUGCUCACGGCUCUAUCUACUAACUUAGAAGGACUUUUGAUAAAUUGUUCUAUUACGUGUAAUUUGUGUAUAUUUCGUAAAGUAAGUAAGAAUCUGCUAAAGCUAAGUUAGUACCUACAUAGUUAGCUUUAAACCUAUUAAUACAACAUUAAAUAACUGUUUACACCUA